AUGUGCAGCUUGCAUGCCUCAGCUCCGUCGUUCGAAGAGGUGCCACCACCACUCAGCACGUUGGUGAAUUUAUACAAGGGAUAUUGCAUUCAGGAAGGUUGCAGAAUUAACUCUGCAAUGAUAGAGUAUAUGAAAAACAACCUUGUGCUUCAACAAGUCACGUUAGCUAACAACUACGUAGGUCCCAAAGGUUUGCGACCUGUUAUUCAACUUCUCAAUAUGUGCCAAACUAUCACAUAUGUCGAUUUCGAUAGCAAUGGGGCAGACAACACCACAGUUGAGCUCCUUUGUGAUGCACUAAAGAACCAUAUAGGUGUGACUACUCUCAUCCUGCGCGGGAAUCCCAUAUCCAGUACUGGUGGGAGGCGACUGCUCCAGCUUUUGGAACUUAAUCCACGCAUCAUACACAUUGAUGUUCAGGAUACUGACAUCCCCAAAGCGUUGCAAGAGCGCAUCUCAGCUUUAGUGGACCAAAACUUCCGGCGGGCGAAGCACCAUACCCCACAACUUGUUGAGGCUAACCACACCAUCAAGAAGGGUGCUGCUCAAGAAACCGUGGCUCUAACUCAGAAGAAUGUGGUUUCCCUUCCUAAGCUCCCACACCGUGUGUGGAAGGCAGCAGAUGCCAGUGUGAAUAAACCAAAGGUUACUGUGGAAGCUGUGGCGCAGUCUUCUACUAAAAGUAGCAACAAUACACCAGUGCUAACUCUACCGUUAGCUGCACACAACACACAACAGUUGUGUGACUCUGCUAACACUCCUGCUAUACUGCCUCCACAUACAACAAAUGAAUCACCGCAAAUGCUCAACUCCUUUCUAACAGCUGUCCAUCAGAGAUUUGAAGAACGCGCUCGAUUGUAUUCGGAAAUCAAUAAAGGUGAAAUGUUCAACAAGGUGGCUGAGGUUCGGGCCGAAGUCGCCGCCAUAGAAAGGAACAGUCAACUGAGACUGGUAGCGAGUAACAAGGUAGACGCAUUGCCACAGACACUAUGCCGAAGGGCGUCUGAAACAAACACCAAUACAGGGACCACGACGCAUGUUAUGGGCAUCAGAUCUGAAGAGCAAAAGCGAGAAGAACAUGACUCUUCAGCCUCCUCUACCCCCUUGAAAAAGCAACAAGUGACAGAUUCUAUAGUAGCGACAGAUUUCAUGGAAAGUAGAAAACACAACGAUACUAACGAUGGCAAAACAAACGGUAACCGUGCAACCGAAGUAGCUACAGUGGAGGAAAAGAACGCCCUUAAGGUGCUGGUACCGCGCUUUGUAGCCUCAAAACAUUUUAAAAUAUUGGAGGUGGAGAAUCAAAAUGGAGGGAUGUUGGCAACCGAAACAACGAUAGGUAUGUCUACUGAUGAACGCUUUCAAGUGCUUUUUGAUAAUGGCUGUGAUGCUUACGCUCAAAAGGACCUUGAUGCCGCGUACGUGGCCUGGAACGAUGCUCUUGACAUUGCAGUUCAAAAGAAUAAUAGAGAAUGGAUAGCAGUGCUUAAUUCUAAUUUGCAGCGCCUGAGCUAUGAGCUGGUAGUCGAAGAGGGCGUUGUUUAUUUAAAUAAUGGUUCCCUUAAUAAAGCUACUGAAUCCUUCCAAACAGCUCUUGACAUUGCAAGAAAAGCCUACAAUGCCGCUUGGAUCGCAGAAAUGAAAAAUGCAUUAAAACAUGUUCAAAGAGCUCUCUUUAUGCGCUGCUAUGAUGCAGCGAACGAACUUUUCCGUCAAGCGAAGGAAGACUGCGAAGUCAACAAGCGUACCAGCUCCGAAGAUGAUAGUGAUGAUAUAUCCUACUACAUUAAUCCAGUCACAAAGCAAAAGAUGCGACAUUCCAUAUAUUUUAUCUGUGAGUUGACCACCGUACGGUUGAUUCGAGACGCAGUCAGGAUGUGGGCUGAGGCGUACCGCGCAGCGCAGCGCGUCAGUGGUGUAGAUGCCGAUCCCCUUAAAGCCAGUCUUGAGAAGGUGUUGGAUGGUGUUGCGCGGUUCAUCUUCGAGCAACACAUCGACAUUGAGGAAGGUGGAACAGGUCUCGACACAAACUAUCCUAGUUGGCAGCGUACCUCACGAUAUCAACACUUGGAGCGCGUCGUUCUAGCGGAAGUGUGGUUUGAUAUCUUCUGCUGUGUGGAUCAGGGUAUUAAUCACGUGUUUAUGAAGGUUGUCGUCUCACUCCAGCUUGCAAACCUACAUAUGGGCAACAACCAGCUGGAGCAGGCGGAGAAGCUGUUUAUCUCUGCUGUGGAUAACAGUAAGAAGCUCCAAUACAGGCUUCUAGAAGCAACGGCCCUGACGUAUCUUUCAACACUUUACUGGCUACGCUCCUCACACAGCUUGGCAGAAAGGACCCUACUGGCUUCCAUUCAACACUGGGAAGAUAUACUAGCAACAUCACAUCAGGGGAAAGAUGAAAUCAAUGUGCUAGGGGGCAUCUCUAUUCCAACAUUUAGUAUGCUUUUGAUGCAGAAUGCAUGUAACGCAUACCUUGUGUGUGUACUAGCUUCAAUGUACCGUUACUGUGAGGCUAUAGAGCAGCUGGAGCACAAACUCAUCCACGAAAAUAGCGAUUUGCUCUCGAAUAAAAUGCUGAAUGCCUUCUGUGGUCACCCGACAAUAAAUCAGAUCGCAGCGAUAGCUUCUAAAGUACAGACGCCCUUCGUAUACUACUUUCCUUUUCGGCGUCUUAGCUACAGCACAGAAACCAAUGCCUUUGAAGCCGAGGAGAAUCUCCUUAUUUGGCUGGUGAUGCCCUGCUCUGAGAUGCGUUUCGUUGAGAUCAACAUUACAAAGAAUUUCAAUGUUUCCAUAGAUCAAUUGGUGCAUACAGUCCGUCAGGGACUUAUAGUCGAGCCAAUUGGUCAGGAGUGCUUGGCAGGGUACCGCAAAGAGGGUAACAGUUAUGAUGACACUGGAACUGGAAUCAUAACCCUCCAUCGUAAAGCAUGGAUAGAACCACUUCAGCUUCUCUAUGAGAUCCUAAUUGAGCCUAUCUACAGCCAUAUUAUGGCUCUCGAUUUGGCAGCUGCUAGCAAGGACCAUCCUGAGACCGUUCUGACCAUCAUCCCCACUGGUACUCUGUGGUCUGUCCCCUUUCAUGCCUUACUCUCCAAAUCGGAGCAGUUUUUGGUGGAAAAUAUCGCUAUCCAGCUUUCCUUUAGUGCAACACAGGUUGCAUUUGCUUCCCUCAACGCGGAGCGGGUACGACAACAAAAUCUGCACCGCAACGUUGUGGUGGUGCCGCUCGAGAUUGCUGCAGACACGGAGGGUCUCUCGCUGAUGUACGCGAUUAAUAUGGAGCGCGCGUUGGAGGAGGGUGAAGCUGUGCUGGAUGUCUUAAAAGACGCCAAGUGGAAACAUAUCCGAGAUGCCUCUGAGGAUAAAGAUCACAGGGGGGUAGAGAUGGUAGGCUCAGAAGUCGUGGUGAGAAGCGCGGAAUCCUUACGUAGCAUGCUGAGCCGUUCCUGUAUCUUACACAUCACAACACCAAUCAGUGUAACGUUAACUAGCCCUCCUGACGCGUUGGCGGAGAGUUGUGGUGAUCUCACUCCUAGGGGAGCCCUAUGUUUUCCCACGGACGCUGGCCGUGUGGAGCUGGUAACGGCGCGGGAGCUUCAGCAUUCUGAACUCUUUGCGGAGCUCGUGACACUAACUAAUGCUAAUAUGAAUCUGACAGGUGUCUGCAGCGUGCGGGAUGACGUUCUUGGGGUGAUACGUGCUUUCUUUAGUGGUGGGGUACCUUGUGUGGUAGCUGGUCAAUGGUGCACCCCCGACAUGAUACCGUCUUUGCUUUUCAGGAAGUUCUAUGAGGUGAUGACGAAGAAUAAAAGUAAUAGCUGCGUUGUUGUCCAUAAGUCUAGAAAAAGCACGGCAACAGUGCCGGCCGUGGCAGUCCAUAAGGCUUUGUAUCUAGCUCUGGCUAUAAGGCGGCUACUUAAAGAGGAUGAGUAUUUUCGCUACAAUCCACGAGCGUGGGCCGGUUACUAUUGUUUCGGGUGCGGUUAUUUUUAG